UUUGGGACGCACGGUUGUUACAUGUAAAGAUGUCCCCCUGGUGAGGCAGAGGCAGCAGCUCGCCGACGGAGCUCUGACACCGCGGAACAGCCGUGAGUGAGGGUCGGCAGCGGGACCAACAACACAAAUAAACGGCGACGACGGAACCUGCCGCAUAAAACACACCAGACUCCGACCAGCAACACGAACAAGUUCCGUCAGCAGAAGCUCUCCCCCCCCUUCUGCUAUCCUCCCCUCAAGCUAGCUAAGGGCUGAGGUUAGCCGGGCAGCUAAUGUUAGCGAACCACUUCCACCGGACCCGUGUUCCAUCGACUCGCCGGGGGCUGAUUCGCCGUGACAGCCUAAUCCGAGAGGCUUCCGUGCAUCCUAUGAUCUCACGGCGUUAGUCUCCUGCGCCAAAAUGUCCACCGCUUCGUUGGAUCGGGAGUUACAGGAGCGGCUGAGAGAGGCGUCCGCCAUCGGGGACAUCGACGAAGUGCGGUCGCUGGUGGAGAGCGGAGCGAACGUCAACUCGCAGAACGAAAUAAACGGAUGGACAUGCCUGCACUGGGCAUGCAAGAGGAACCAUAAGCACAUAGUGUCCUACUUACUCAGCUGUGGAGCGGAUAAAGAAAUCCUCACGGCUAAGGAGGAGCUGGCCUCACAGCUCACAUCCAAGCCAGAGAUCAAACGACUGCUAGGAGUUGAAGUUGAGGUGGAGGAAGUGCCUGAAGUCAAGGAGUCUGACUUGCCAAUCAUUCCCCACUACCUGUCUGACCCGCCCUUCAUGUUCUCCAAGAUGGAUAACAAAUCAGAGGUCCUUUUAGCACAACAGAUUUUACAGAAUGGUUCUGAAGAACAUGCUGAGGACACACACAGUGAUUCAGCCUCCCUCUCUCCAACCCAUGAGCCUCAGAAAUCCCAGAGUCAAUUCUCUGACGACUCUCUUCCUCCUUCAAACCUCGCCGCCCACAGCCAAGCCCUGACCGGGGAAUUCAUUCCUGUGACUGAGCAAAAUGGCGUGUCACCCAGUGCGGCCUCAUCCCACAACCACACUGUCGUGAACUGCAGGGUGCCCAUGGACCUGUCAGUCGAGCCACACCUUGUCAACCACGCUGACCACCCGCAUGCUGUGGGACACAAUGGCACUAUGUGCUCACCUCCGCUGGCCUCACCCAGCCCCAGCUUGGCCAGUAACGGCGGGGUCCAGGCCCCAGUGGCCAGCGCGAACCCAACCAUGAGCAGGCAGCAGUCGAUCCCACAGCAACUGAGCUACGGCCAGGCCGGUGGGACCAUGCCAGCUUUCCAGCCUUUCUUCUUCACUAGCACCUUCCCUGUCAACGUGCAAGAAUUGGUGUUGAAAGUGCGAAUCCAGAAUCCCAGUGCACGGGAGAACGACUUCAUUGAGGUGGAGCUGGACCGCCAGGAGCUCACCUACCGCUCCCUUCUGAGGGUCUGCUGCCGCGAGCUGGACAUCAGCGCCGAGCAUGUGGAGAAGAUCCGCAAGCUGCCGAACACCAUGUUGAGAAAGGACAAGGACGUGGCUCGGCUUCAGGACUUUCAGGAGCUGGAGGUUGUGUUGGAGAAAGCAGAGGGCCUGUCCCUUUUCUCUGGGGCCGGGGGCCUAACAGACAGACCCUGCUACAACAUGAAGGCCUCCCGCCUCACCUACUAGAGCUGCCGCAGAGCCCGAGGUCUCUCUCCUGUAGCUCCCCACAAGCAACUGGUUGCCUGCCCACGUCCCUUGUUACAGCUUUGUUUAGGUUAGGUGUUUUGCCUAUUUUCUAACUAGGAUUUAUUUUUGUUUCCCAAGUUCUGUAGCUAUUGUCCACCUCCUGUCCUCCUCUGGCCCUCCUGCCGCUUUAGUGUACCCAAACAGUUCUAAGCGAUUACUGAUGCAUGGUAUACUCGAUUAUGUGCGAAAGUAUUUGGGCCCCUCUCUUUAUCUCCUCCUACUGCCCGCUUGGUGCCAAGGCUCUAAUGGGACAACAGAGGGGGACAUUGGCCUUCCUUCCGUAUGGACUGAACUUGAAUGGGAUUUUGCAAUAGCCUUACAUGGACACAUCCCUAUACUGGCUGUGAUCUAUGGUCACAGUGGAAAUUGGCCUGUCGAGGAUCGGGAGCAGAGGACGACCGGGAAGGAUUUACAUAAACUCUUAUUGAUAAGCUCUUCAUCAGUCCACAGAACAGGACGGGUGGCAGCACAGUGGACUUGCACAAGGCGACUUGGAUUUCUAAGAAACUGACAUGUAGAGUUAUCAGAUAUUCCUGCUGGCGAACACACGCUUUCAUACAAGCUCUAGGCAUAACCCUCAGUGUCUUUGCCUGCAGGGGGCAUCCGUUGCUGGCUUAGUUGUUAGGGUGGAGGGAAUCUUUGGACUUAUAGUACUUUAAUUUGCUGACCACACAUACAGAAUGCUUUAACCUGUACCCACACGCGAAUGGAAACAUUUGAAUAGGAAUAUUGAUUCCCCUACAUAUUGAAGUACUUCAGUCGUACACUGUGUGAAAGGAAUAAUUAGUUUUUGUUAGAAUUAUUCCCUUGUGUCUUUUCAUGCAAGCCAUUUUGUUUAAAUAGUUAUAAAGCACCUCUGCUUUGCAGGGUUCGUUACUAAAUUCAGUCAACAUAACAUUUUAACUGUCACCUGUGAAGUAUUUCGUUUCAAUUUUUGAGUCAUGUUGAUUCUUUCGUAUAGAGGGCCCAUACAUUUGUUCUCCAGAGUAACAAAGGUUCAAGCUCCCAGCGAAGGUCGUGUACGAGGCUCACACUUAAUUUAUUAUAUAAAUUAAGCUCUGCGUCGUAUAUUUUUGUCUUGUCUGUGUUAACUGUAAUUAUAAUCAAAACCAAAAACUAACUUAGCCAGCAAAGAUACUAACAGCAGAAAAAUACUAUGACUGCUUCAGAAAAGAAAGCAGCCUUAAUAAGAUUGCCUUUUCUUUUUUCAGCGAAGAGGAAAGAAAAACGAAAGGAUCUUGGUUUUACGAUUGAGUGCUUCCUUUUUUCCUCUCAACACUAAUAUACAUUACUUUCUCUGACAUGUUCACGUCCGCUGCACUGAGUCACUGAAGGCGACAUCAGUAUAUAUGGCUUCAGUUUGUUUGUCGAGGCCACUCUAGUUCUAAUAUCUUCUUGUUUUUAUUAAAGAAAUAAUUAGUUUGAGUUCUGUCAAUGUUUUCUAUGUAUUACUUAAAUCGGAGGCGUUGCUGUUCGUCUUAGAUGGAGACUGACAACGUGAAUAUUUACACCCACGAAAAGAAAAAAACAUUCUUCUACUAUAUAUUAAGAAUUGAACAGCUGGUUAUGUUGUUUAUGCUGCUUCCAUCAUCACGUUCUAUUCCUUUAACUCUCAGUGCUGGGUCUCAUUCACUUUUAAGCAGUGCACUAGGCGCUCAGAAUACAUCAUACAAUCAAAAAGUUUCUUACCCAGUGGUAACUGUUUACUGUUCAAAUGUAUACCUGAUGCUCUUACUGUAUUUGUAUUUUUUCUGAUAUGUUUUUUAUUAAUUUGUAUAAUUUUUCUUAACCAGCUUAGGCCUGUUGUGUUUUGUGUCAAAUAAUACUGUCAUACAAGCAAGAGUUUAACAAUGGGGUGAAAAGUAAAGUGGUGAGAUGCUAUUGUUGAAGCCAAGUGCAAUGUAGAGGGGGGGGCGUGUUUGCAGGAAGUUGCUGUGAGGUGAAACGACUUAUUUUAUGUCCCCAACUAUUUUAAAUGCUUUAAGAGAAGUUGAGCCACAUGUUCAAGGUAGGGGCUCGGUUGGAAGGAGUGAGUGGAUGUGGGGGAAAAAUGCCCCCCCCACCCACAGGCCGUGUGGUGCCCUGGGUGAGCGAGAGCAGCACGUUUGAAAUCGUUUUUUAUAGGAUCAUGUUUUGAUCGUGUGGAAAGCAGAUGACUAACAUUGUAUUUAUGGGGUUGCUUACUGUUCUAGAACAAGCAGAAUACAGUUUGACUUAACCUAUGCAUUCAGAGUCUGAUAUUUUUAUAUACAGUACGUCCUGUGUACUUGCAGAACUAAUCCAAGGCACUGUUUGAGUUGUGUGUUUUUGUUCUGGAGACCUGUAUCUGUUCUUUGAUAAAGCAUGGUGAACGACUUGA